AUGGAUUCAAUGUCAUUAUCGCAAGCCAAGACUAGGCGUAAUACAAUCAAAGCAUCUUUAACGCGCCACAAGAACACGUUAGAAAAUUUUAAUGUUACACAAGGUUCGCGACACGACAUCGAAGAACGUAAGAGACGAUUAACCGAAUUAUGGGAUCAGUUCGAGAUCGUGCAAUCGCGAAUAGAAAUACUAGAAAAUGAAGAUCCAUUAAAUACAGACAAAAAUUUACUACUCUCCCAACAAGGGCAACAAAGAGCGAAUUUUGAGGUUACAUAUUUCGCGUCAAUUUCGCGAUGUCAAUCUUUUCUUGAACAUUUCGAGCAACAUUAUCCUCGAGCCUCAUCAUCACAUGAAAGUGACACACGUGCUCCUGCACCUAGGGAAUCGCGCGUUAAAUUACCAAAAAUUGAACUUCCUUCAUUUUCAGGCGCUUAUGAUGAUUGGUACUCUUAUCAUGAUACGUUCGAGAAAUUGAUACAUGCCAACGAAAAUUUAACCGAGAUUGAAAAAUUCCACUACUUGCGUUCUUUGCUCAAGGACAAAGCAGCCGAAGUUAUAAAAUCUAUUGAGACUACCACCGACAAUUACAACGAUGCAUGGGCUGCGGUAAAGGAACGAUUCGACAACAAGCGCUGGAUAAUACAAAAACACAUUAGAGCUAUUUUCGACGCUCCUGCGCUAUCGAAAGAAAAUCAUAUUCAGUUACGUGAGUUAUUAGAUACAAUCUUAAAACAUUUACGUGCUCUUAAAGCUAUCAAAAGACCCACCGAUGCGUGGGACGACCUAAUCAUCCAUGUCAUAACCUCAAAACUUGAUCCUGUCACAACCAAGUCUUGGGAAACUAGCAUUCCUGACAAAGAGAUACCAAGUUUAAAAACCUUCAUUGAUUUUCUUUCUAAGCGCUGCCAAGCACUUGAAACAAUCUUCAGCAAGCUAUCAAUCCAUCAAUCUGUUAACUCAAAGCCCACUAACAAGUCAAAGGGCUCUUCUGUUACUAAUUUAGCCACGUCUAACUUGUCAUGUCCACAAUGCAAGGAAACUCAUCCUUUAUAUUAUUGUGAAGCCUUUCUUAAAUUACCAGUAGAGAAAAGAUUGUCUAUCGUAAAAAAGGCUCAUUUAUGCGUCAAUUGCUUAAGACCUAAUUCGCAUCAAGCUAAAAAUUGCACUUCAAGUUCUUGUCGCAAAUGCAGCAAAAAACACAAUACUUUGCUGCACUUGUCGAGUUCAACCAGCGAUAAUAAAGCGCCCGUUACAAAUGAAUCCACUCCUGCCGAAAAGGAAAAACCUAUGCAACCAGUUGUUACACAAUAUUUAUGA